UAUCUAGAUCUCUGGAACAUUUAUAUUCCGAUAAUUCAAUUAUCAUAUCUGGCCGGGCAUGUAAAACGUCGAGGUCCCGUCCGUUAUAUAUCCAUCACUGCUAAAGAUAUCCUCAACAUUGUCUCCUUUCCCAUGCCUUUGCUGUCUCACUCCCAGAAAGUUCCCAGAAGUAUACACAUAUAUAUGGCUCUGAACGGCAGCUACUUGAGGAGGCCACGGGUGGCGGAUUCACAUGGCGGUGUCAGACGGAUCGGGCCACGCACAGUGUGGACGCUCCUUGCAGCGGCUCUGUUGCUUCUUGCAUUGACAGACUCCGCAGCUGCAAACACGAUUGUUGAGACCCUGCCCGGCUGGUCGGGGAAGCUCCCAUUUACUCUUGAAACCGGAUAUGUGACUGUGGGAGACAAUGACGAUAUAGAGCUUUUCUACUACUUCAUCGAGUCGGAAAGGAACCCAGUAAGGGACCCUCUCCUUCUAUGGCUCACCGGUGGUCCCGGCUGCUCUGGCUUCUCCGGUCUUGUUUACGAAAUCGGUCCUUUAACUUAUGAUUACGCAACCUUCAACGGGAGCUUGCCCACGUUGCUUCCAAAUCCUUACUCGUGGACACAGAUAGCAAGCAUCAUAUUUAUAGAUGCACCGGUCGGGACUGGCUUCUCUUAUUCGACAAGCCAAUCAGGUUAUUACAGCUCAGAUACUAAGUCGGCACGGGACAUCUACACUUUUCUGAGGAAGUGGAUAAUUGAUCAUCCAAAAUUCAGCUUGGUUCCGCUUUACAUAUCGGGUGACUCAUACUCGGGAAUGAUUGUUCCUCAAGUCACUCAACUUGUAUUGCAAGGAAACGAGGCUGGACUCAACCCAUACUUGAAUCUCCAAGGGUUUAUUUUGGGGAACCCGGUCACAGAUUUGCACAAUGAUGAGAAUGCGCGAGUUCCAUUUAUGCACCGAGUCUCACUCAUAUCAGAUGAAAUCUAUGAGUCGGCCAAAACCAACUGCAACGGUGAGUACAUCCAUCCCAGUCUCGCAAACUCCACGUGCAUAGACGACAUUAGAACCAUUGCUGAGUGCACAAUUAAAGUGUGCGACGCACAGAUAUUGGAACCGAAGUGCAGCUUUGCAAAGCCGAAGCCAUUGGGCUUAAGUUGGGGGAAGAAGUUCUUCGAUGAAGACAUGCCCUCAGAAUACCUUAAAUUGCCUACUGAGCACGACGAGAGCUGGUGCCGGAAUUCCAACUAUGUUCUCUCUUACGUAUGGGCAAACAAUGAGGAAGUUCAAGAAGCUCUCAACAUUCGGAAGAAUACGAUUCCGAACUGGGUGAGGUGCAACAAGAGCUUGGCCUACGACUCUAAUCUCGUCUCCGUCACCGAGUACAACUAUAAUAUCAUAAAAGAUGGAUAUCGAGCUCUUGUCUAUAGUGGGGAUCAUGAUAUGUUGAUUCCUCACACCGGCACGGAGGGAUGGAUCUAUUCAUUCAACAUGACUGUUGUGGAUGAUUGGCGGCCUUGGUUCGUUGACGGUCAAAUUGCUGGGUACACGACCAAAUUUGUGGUCAAUCUCGGAGAUGGUUUAACGUAUAAUACCGUGAAGGGGGCGGGUCAUACAGCACCAGAGUACAAUCCUGAGCAAUGCUUUCAGAUGAUAUUUAGAUGGUUGUCUUAUUAUAUCAUGUGAUUGUAGUGCAAUUAAACGUAUGUGAGAUUUUCAGACUUCUAUUAUUUGAGAAAUAUUUAUUGGACGAUACAGAAGAGGGCGAAUUUUCCCAUUUCUUCCCUCAAUUGAGUUUGUCUAAUAAUAAUGGGGAAAUUUCUGAAUUGAUAAUUGUAACAUUCUUAUCACAUAUUUAGCAUUUUUUUUUCUU